AUGGGUCAUUCUCAGGAGCUCAGUGAAUUCAAGCAUGGUAACGUGAUAGAUUGCCAAAUGUGUAAUAAGUCCAUUUGUGAAAUUUCCUGGCUAUUAAAUAUUCCACGGUCAACUGUUAGAGGUAUUAUAACAAAGUGGAAGCAACUGGGAACAACAGCAACUCAGCUACAAGCACAUGCUGAAGUGCAGAUAUCGCUAACUGUCUGCAGAGUCAAUUGCUAAAGACCUCCAAACUUCUUGUGGCCUUCAGAUUAGCACAACAGCAGUACGUAGAUAGCUUUGUAGAA